GGGCUUCGCGGUGACGUCACGCAGAGAGCGCGUUUCCCCGGGCCUUUGUGCGCAUGCGGCCCUUUGACGGCCGGCGGGCCUGGAUUUAAAGGGGCUGCGGCGCAUGGCUGAGCUUGGCUCCAGGUGACGCCGCAUGCCGCUUCUCCUCGUCCUCCGGACAAUCAAGGCCUUUGAGAGGAUCCUGCGCCUGACGCCGCUGAGCCCCCCUUCCGCCCCUCGCCGCUCUCCUCCGCCCCCAAAGGGUCCCCCAGUCCCUCCCUUGGGGCUUUCCCCUGCCUCUGUCCAUUGGACCUUCGGCCACCCGGCCCUCGGCCUCUGGCAUGGCGGAGCAGCGCUACUGCGUGGACUACGCCAAGCGCGGCACAGCAGGCUGCAAGAAGUGCAAGGAGAAGAUCCUGAAGGGGAUGGUGCGCAUCGGGAAGGUGGUGCCCAACCCUUUCACGGAGUCCGGAGGGGACAUGAAGGAGUGGUACCACGUCAAGUGCGUCUUCGAGAAGCUGGAGAGGGCCAGGGCCACCACCAAGAAGAUCGAGGACCUGACCGACCUGGAAGGAUGGGAGGAACUGCAGGACCCCGAGAGGGAGAUGAUCAACCAGCACAUCGCAGAUCUGUCCUCCAAAACUGUGAGCACACCAAAGAAAAAGGCUGCCAUCCAGGCAAAGAUUUCGCCCAGCGGUCAAAUCACUUCCCCUAAGAAAACGGCGGCGGCGGUGGUUCCUUCGGAUCCCUCGCCAAAGAAAUUCUCGGGUUUUGCAGCCAAACCAGGCGGAUCAUCUGAAGGAGGGACCGGCGCCGGAUCUUCCCAGAAGCCCAGUUUAUCCGUCCAGCGGAGUGACCCCAAACACAAGGACUGCCUCCUGCGGGAGUUUCGGAAGCUCUGCGCCUCGGUGGCUGAGAAGCCCAGCUACAACGUCAAGACCCAGAUCAUCCAGGACUUCCUGCAGAAGGGGACCUCUGGUGAUGGCUUCCAUGGGGAUCUCUACCUGACCGUGAAGCUGCUGCUGCCGGGGGUCAUCAAGAGUGUUUAUAACCUGAACGACAAGCAGAUCGUCAAGCUCUUCAGCCGGAUUUUCAACUGCAGCCAAGAGGACAUGGUCCGAGACCUGGAACAGGGAGAUGUUUCCGAAACGGUGCGGAUCUUCUUUGAGCAAAGCAGGUCCUGCCCACCGGCUGCUAAGAGCCUCCUGACCAUCCAAGAGGUGGACGAUUUCCUCACCCGCCUCUCCAGCCUGACCAAGGAGGAUGACCAGCAAAACUUGCUGCAGGAAGUUGCAAGCAGGUGUACGGCCAACGACUUGAAGUGCCUCAUCCGGCUGAUCAAGCAUGACUUGAAGAUGAACGCUGGUGCAAAACACGUACUCGAUGCUUUGGACCCGAACGCAUAUGAGGCAUUCAAAGCAUCGCGCAACCUCCAUGAUGUGGUGGAAAGGGUGCUGAAGAACCAACAGGAAUCCCAGAAGGUGCCAGGGCUGAAGAAGACCCUCAGUGUCCAGGCGACGCUGAUGACCCCCGUCCAACCCAUGCUGGCCGAAGCCUGCAAGUCGAUCGAGUACGCCAUGAAGAAGUGUCCCAACGGGAUGUACUCAGAGAUCAAGUACGACGGGGAGCGGGUUCAAGUGCACAAGAAAGGCGAACACUUCAACUAUUUCAGCCGCAGCCUCAAGCCGGUCCUACCUCACAAGGUGGCCCAUUUCAAGGACUACAUCCCCAAGGCGUUCCCGGGGGGUCACAGCAUGAUCCUGGAUGCGGAGGUCCUCCUGAUUGACACCAAGACGGGGAAGCCAUUGCCUUUUGGGACUCUCGGGGUGCAUAAGAAAGCAGCCUUCCAGGAUGCCAACGUCUGCCUCUUUGUUUUCGACUGCAUCUUCUUCAACGAUGUCAGCCUGAUGGACAGACCCUUGCAGGAACGCCGCAAGUUUCUCCACGACAACAUGGUGGAAAUCCCCAACCGGAUUCUCUUCUCUGAGAUGAAGCACGUCACGAAAGCGUUGGACCUCGCUGACAUGAUCAACCGAGUCAUCCGAGAAGGGCUGGAAGGACUGGUACUCAAAGAUGUGAAGAGCAUCUACGAACCAGGGAAGCGGCACUGGCUCAAAGUGAAGAAGGAUUACCUGAACGAAGGCGCAAUGGCCGACACAGCAGAUCUGGUGGUCUUAGGGGCUUUCUAUGGCCAAGGCAGCAAAGGUGGCAUGAUGUCCAUCUUCCUCAUGGGAUGCUAUGAUCCCGACAGCCAGAAGUGGUGUACGGUGACCAAAUGUGCCGGUGGGCAUGAUGACGCCACUCUCGCCCGGCUGCAGAAGGAACUGGACAUGGUGAAGAUCAGCAAGGACCCCAGUAAAAUCCCCAGCUGGCUCAAGAUUAAUAAGAACUACUAUCCAGACUUUAUUGUUCCAGAUCCAAAGGAAGCGCCAGUCUGGGAGAUCACAGGCGCUGAGUUCUCAAAAGCUGAGGCCCACACCGCCGAUGGGAUCUCCAUCCGCUUCCCCCGUUGCACCCGGAUCCGGGAUGACAAGGACUGGACCACGGCGACCACACUCCCUCAACUCCGAGAACUGUACCAGCUCUCCAAAGCCAAGUCGGACUUCACGGUCGUGGCAGCGGAGGAGGACAACUCCACGGCCGGCAGCAGCGGGGAGAACGAGGGGCAGCCGAAACCUUCUGCCCCGCGCCCAGCUCCAAAGCCACAGGCCGGCAAAUCACCUGCAAAAGCCAAGAAGCCUGAAGCUCCCAAACCAGCUGAAAGAUCCCCUUUGAAGAAAGCAGAGGAGAAACGAGGAGAAAAGAGGAAAGCCUCCAAGAUGGAGGGAGAAAAGAAGAAGCCGACGCUGCUGGACAUUUUCACCGGGGUGAAGCUCUACCUGGCCCCUUCCGUGGAGGACUUCCGGAGGAUCAGGCGCUAUUUCAUCGCCUACGACGGAGACCUGGUGAGGGAAUUCGACGGGGCGUCGGCGACCCACAUCAUGGGCGGCGCGGAGGAGAGCCUGGCCGCUCAACAGGUCUCCCCAGAAUGGAUCUGGGAAUGCAUUCGGAAGAGGCGGCUGGUUGCCCCGCGUUAGGCUCACCGUCUUAAGUGAGGUUGGAGGACUUCUUAAAGGUAAUAGGAAGAACGAGGCGAGGGCAAACUUGUGUAUAGAAGGUACGCCAAGAUGAAUUAGUGGCUUUUUGUUCUUAGAAAAUGACCAGCGCCUUCUGCAAUGAAAUUGACCGUGAAAAGGACUCAAUUUAGACAGAGUUGGUUGGUGCUGGAUGGUUUUUCACAUUUUGGGAAUAAAAGAGCAGCAUCGCUUUUGUGUA